AGGCGCGGGCCGCGCGGGCCGCCGGGAGCCGCGCCUUUUGAAGGUGCAGUCAUGGCUGCGCUGAGCCGGGACUCGGCCCCGGCCCCGGCCCCGGCCCGAGAACUGGAGCCGACUCCGGCCCCGGCGUGGUCCCAGGGCGGCGACGGAGGCUCGGGCGACGUGGGUGUCCCCACUCUGCUGCACCUGAGGAACCAACUGAAGGCGCAGCUCAUGGAGUACAACACGGCUAUUCUUGCCAGCCAGGAAAAUUUCCUUGAUCAUGGAAUUGAAGAAAACUUUAUCCAGAGUGCCACACAAGAUUUGGAAAGAGAGCUAGAGGAAGCAAAAGUCUCUUUCCAGAACAAGACGUUGGCCUUGCAAAGGACCCAAAUUAUGGAUGCCCUGAGAAACAAAUUGAAACAAGAUGAUGAGGACUCACGUCUGAUCCUGGAAACAAUGAAACACAUAGUACUGCUCAGCGGGACAAUAAUUGACUAUCAGCAGCAAGUACACCAGAAGGAGCAGCAGCUGAUUGACAUUAAAAGGAAAAGACUCUCACUAAAAAAAUAUGGAGUACAGAAACUACAGCAGAUUCCUACCAUGAAGAAAAGGCAAAAGGAGAAACAAGCACAUGUGAAUGUGGCUGAAAUGGAGAAGAUGCUUGAUAAAUUAGAACAAGAAAGACAGAUGACUACAGUAAUUCAAAAUGUGUUCCAGAACCUCAUAAUUGGAAGCAGAGUUAACUGGGCAGAAGAUCCAUCUUUAAAGGAAAUUGUUCUACAGCUUGAAAAAAACGUGCAUUUUAAGUGAGUCAGGAGAUAUGGUGUUUAUUUUAUACAGUGUGUGCAUUUUAACUAAACUUCAUAAAUUAUAUGUUUCUUAAAAACAUACUUCAAGAAUUUUUAAAUUUGACCUUUCUGGAAGAUGUUGUUCUCUCCAGAGAAUUAGAAUGUGUCAAAGUGGGCAGUACAGCUGAUGAAAUUAAACUACCUGAAGACUCAUUUCUCAGGCUGUCCUGUCUCAAGCACUUAUUUUCCUCUGAAAGGCAGCAAGAACACAAGAAAAGUUUCAAGUUUUCAUGUAGAAGUGGACUUAAACUGAGGAUUUGCUGUACCCCUUUUUCUGGGGACCAGCAGGCCGUAGAGCUCAAGCAGGGUGCAUGACCCUGCUCAGUCCCAGCCAAAAGUUCAUCAGGAAAAUUUAUUAGCAAGUGUGGAGGGGAUUAUUUUUGUUUUUAAGGCAUGUAUAAUCUUAAACACCAGAAAUGUUACGCUCUUUUUAGCAGUGACUUUUGUCAGCAGAGGUGACUAGAGUCAUCAUACUAUCGACUGUGCAGCUAAGCAGUGCUUUUAUUGCGUAUCUUCACUGUCAUUUGUGCUUUUUUUAGUUGGUGUUGUUUGUUUGAUGUUUGAAGGAAAUCGACUCUUGGGGUGCAGCACAGUUUGGGUGUGUAGUACCCCUUGUUAUCUUGGCAUGUAACUUCACUUUUAACUUGGUGAGUGAUCACCAGCUAUUUUUUGUAGAUGGAUACCUUGAUCAAAUAAUAAAACGCUGA